AAGGAGAAGGCUUUCCAAAUCAAGUCAGCCACACCUUCCAACACAGAUUUAUAUAAAUUCCCUUCUAGUGGAGACUUGGAAGAAUUCUGCUGUGAACAGGUGCCAAGCUUAUCACUGGAAAAAAAGAAAAAAGUGAGCAACAUGCAGCGAGCCAGCAUUGUAGUUGCCACCUUGAUUCUUGCUUUCGGCAUUGAAUCCUCUUGGUCCCAGAGUGAUGCCAAGUGUACACAGCAAGGAGGGCGCUGUCAGGAUGUUUCUUCACCUUGUAGUGGGUCCUACAUGAAAGGACUUUGCUCCGGACCUGCCAGUCGCCAGUGCUGCAUGCAUCAAAAAUCAAAAUUUGGCCCCCUGUGUAGUGGAUACAAUUCCAACGUUCCAAGGACCUGUGACAGUUUUGGCUGUGGACAUUACGGAGCAAGCCGAGGCAAUGGCCGUAAACACGGUGGAGUAGAUAUUAAAUGUGGAGAUGGUUCGACUGUUUAUGCCCCUUUUGAUGCAACACUUACUGGCCAAGCUCGACCCUACGGAAAUGGAAAUGCAAUUGAUAAUGGAGUUGGUUUAUCAGGGCAAGGUCUGUGUGUGAAACUGUUCUACCUGAAGCCAUACAAAUACACGGGUAGUGUCAAAAAGGGACAAGCAAUUGGAACAUUGCUGCCAAUGCAAAAGGUGUAUGCAGGUAUCACCUCUCACAUUCAUGUGCAGAUGUGUGAUAAGUCUGAUCCCACUAAAUAUCUGUAAACACUUCUCCUCUCAUCUAGCUUCCCUCUGUCAAAUCAUAUUAUUGACAGCCUAAUGGGUAAACUCUGGAAUCUUAAGUAUUCAUUAUACUGAAAAAUUAAUUUAAAGCAGAUUAAAACUGAUUUUGCACAAGCUUUGGAGGCAUUCUUGAUAAGGCACCAUCCCAAAUGAAAGAAACUAUCUGUAAAAGUUUAUUAAAAAUCUUCGACCUAAUCGUAAACUGUUAUUAUAAAAAAUAGAGACCAUUUGGGCAGUAUUUGUUAACUCAAUACAAGUAUAUAGUGAAGGAAGUAAACAUUUUUAUAGGAGUUCAUUAUUUUUAAAAUUUAAACUAAACAAGGAGGCUUCUACUUGUGGGCACCUUCUAAGCUCAACUAUAUUAUACUGCCUCUAGUAACAUACUGUAUUUUGAAACUGGUUAUUCAUGGGACCUACAAAACAAUCACCAUAGCAAACUGGCCUAAGUUAAUGCAUACUGGAGCUUUAGAUUUCAUGAGUGAUUUGCUUGCUGAAACGUUCAAUGAAAUUUACAAAAAAUGUAAAUCUUAAUUAUUCAUCUUGCAAUUAACAUUUUAAAAUAAAAACACUGUUGCAUGCAAGUUCUGCUUUUCAUCUG